CAAAAACUGUUGAUAGAACUUCCGAAAGGCCCUACAAGAAGUUGCAUUCAAUCCAUAACAGAAAUUAUUAUUGGGUCCAUGUCUUUCUCCACACGACGAGCGAUUCCUCCGCUGCCCCGACCUCAAGGACUUUCAAGUGCUACUUUCCGAGCUCCUCCACUUGAUGGGUCGCUUACUAUCCAGGAAAUCUACGCGUGGCAUCUUCAGCAUUCCCCUAGUCACCGGAUGUUCGUGUAUGCCCGCGAAGACGGUAGCAUCCGGACAAUAAGCUGGGCAGAAGCCGUAGCAGCGAUAUACACUGGCGCACGACUUCUCAGAAGGCGGAUUCAAUCUGCGACAGAAUCACCAGUGGUGGCCAUCCUCUCUUUAUCCGACACCAUAACAUAUUUCGUCACGAUGAUGAGUCUUUUGCGUGCAAACUACGUCUUCUUCCCUAUCUCGCCCCGAAAUUCGGCAGUUGCAGUUGCACAUCUUCUUCACAAGGUCGGCGUACAGCAUGUUCUUAUUGGCCGAGAUGCAUCAAUGCAGGACCUCGCUAACCAAGCUCUUGAAAUCUUGAAAUCGCAAUAUUCGUCAGAUACGUUCCCAGAACUAUCCUCCAUUCCGAUCCCGAUCUUCGAGGACUACUUUCAAUCUCAAUGGGAACAAAACACUCAUGAGGAGAAUCUUCCUUUGCCGCCUAUAGAUCCAGAUUCGCUUGCUUUCUAUUUGCAUUCCUCUGGCUCAACGGCAUACCCAAAGCCAAUCGCUUGGACACAUCAUCGACUCGUUCAAUUGAGCUUAGUACCAUGGUUCGGAGAAAGAGAUUUGUGUGACGUUCUUUUCUCUUUGCAUGUUAUGCCCAUGUACCACGGUAUGGGCGUCUUACAGCUCUUGUGGACGGCAUCAUCCGGCUUGGUCGUCGGUGCUUUCGAACCCAAAUCACCUGCCAUUCUCCCAACGCCGGAAAACCUGUUUGACUCUGCGAGGACAGUCCAGAGUGACGUUAUCUUCUGCGUUCCAUCCUUCAUUGAGGCGUGGUCGCGACGGCCAGAAUAUGUUGAAUGGCUCUCUACUCGGUCAGGUGUGCUUUACGGUGGUGGGCCUUUGAACAAGGAAGCCGGAGACUAUAUGACGUCCAAAGGCGUCUCUGUUUUCAUUAGUUACGGGUCAACCGAAGGUGGGAUCAUGAGCCUUGUCUUACCUGCCCAGGUAGAUUACGACUGGGACUACUUCCAAUUUCCUGGGCUUGUCAAACCAGAAAUGGUUCCCAAUGGAAAUAAUUCGUAUGAGCUUGUAAUGAUGUCGAAUUCUUUUUGCCAGCCGAGUGUCCUUAAUACCAAGGUCAAUGGCGUUGAUGCCUAUGCAACAUCGGAUCUCUUCGUUCCACACGCAACGAAACCAGGAUUUUGGAAGGUUUUCGGACGAACUGAUGAUCAGAUCAUACACAACACAGGAGAGAAGACCAAUCCGGGACCUCUGGAGAAUAUGCUUAAUCAAGACCCUCAUGUUCUUGCCUCAGUCAUGUUUGGUCGCGGAAAGUUUCAGGCUGGUGUACUCGUUGAACCAAAGCGUGAAUUCAGCUUCGAUCCUGUUGACACAGUCCUGCUAGGCCAAUAUCGCAACAAGAUAUGGCCUACUGUUGAAAGAAUGAAUACAUUCGCCCCUCAGCAUUCGCGUCUAUUCAAAGAGAUGAUUCUUGUUGCUAAACCAGUCAAGCCUUUCACAUACACUGCGAAACAUACGGCACGGCGUCAAGCGAUACUUAAUGAUUACAUCGAGGAGAUCUCAGACCUCUAUCAAUCCGUUGAGGACAGUACACAAGCCAACAUUUCGUUGCCUUUCGAAUGGAACGCCAAGUCCACGAAGUCUUUUAUACGGACUGUAGUUCUACAAGUUCUUUCCCAUUCCAUUCUUGAUGACGAUGACCUGUUUCAACAUGGUUGCGACAGCUUGCAAUCUACGUGGAUUCGAAAUUCGUUGCUUCGCGCCCUUCGAGAUACGGUCCAAUUCGACACUCGUCAGGCAACCGAUAAUUUCGUUUAUACGCACCCGACGAUCUCGCAACUUGCUGUAUUCUUCUAUUCAUUAGCUCAUGGAAUGCUUGAUUCCGUUAAUUCUGAACCUGACUCACGAGUCAAGGCCAUGCAUGCUAUGGUGAAGAAGUACUCAAAGGGCUUACCUACUAGGACUAGCGACACACCUAUAGCGGCAACAUCAGGCAAAAUUGUUCUGGUAACGGGCACGACGGGCUCAUUAGGAAGUCAUAUACUGGCAAGCCUGAUUUUGGAUACGAGUGUACACCGCAUCUACGCUGUGAACCGGCCGGGAAAACUCACACUAUCAGAGAGGCAGCGGGGAGCAUUUGUUUCGCGGGGACUCAAUGUUGGCCUGCUAGAUUCAGAUAAAGUGGUGCUAGUGCAAGCGGAGAUAUCAGAGGGAAUUGAUUUUUUCGAUGAGUUGUCGGGCCCGAUAACACACAUUAUUCACAAUGCCUGGCGAGUUGAUUUCAACCUGAGCUUGUUCUCUUACGAAUUCAAUAUCCGUGGACUAUGUAACUUGAUUGCCCUUGCUAUUAAAACGCGGGCCCGACUGAUAUUUUUGAGCUCUAUUGGAAUCUUUCUCAAUGCUUCUGAAGAGGAUUCACUAUCCGAAUGUCCAAUCGUCCCAGAAAUGGCACUGGGAACUGGAUACGGAGAGUCUAAAUGGGUCUCAGAGGAGCUUCUGCGCACUGCGAAAGACUUACACUAUCUGAUCAUCCGCGCUGGUCAAUUGUGUGGUGCUGCAAAUGGGACUUGGAACGUUAAUGAAUGGGUUCCAGCGAUGGUCCAGAGCUCUCUCAAGCUUGGAUGUUUCCCUGGUGGUGAUAGGACUAUCUCUUGGGUCCCUGUUCACGUAGCAGCUCAGGCAAUCGUUGACUAUGUUGAUCGACCUGAAUACUUCAUCCAUUUGGUACAUCCCAAACCUGUUCUAUGGUCCGGCAUAGCCAGUGUCAUCUCAGCCGAGUUGAACGUCAAGCUGGUCCCAUAUAUUCAGUGGUUGGAUGAACUGGAGAAAUCAACUCUAGAUGCUGCAGCAUUGCCUGCCAUCCGCAUACUUCCGUACUACCGUCGUAAUGCAAGGGUUGUAAAUUUCAACAACCGAGAGGCAUUUGGUUUGCCCAAAAUCACAGUUCGGGACAUGGGGUUUCCACAGAUUGGUAGAGAAGAUGCGGAAAGAUGGUUGACCUACUGGCGUAGGGUGGGGUUUCUUUGAAUGAAAAUGAUACUAAGACUCCGGAUAUUUAAUGUAAUGCUAUAACAGACUUAUUCCUGAGGAAUGAACGGACUUCUACGAUAGGC